AUGGCGACGGGGUCAGCCUCGCCGCCGCCCGCCCUCUCCGAGCGCACGCGUGAGCGCCUGUUUACAGACCGCCGGCGCUGGAGUCUUUCCGUCAUUAAGUGCAACCCGACCCCCGUCAUGGUCUCCGCCGCGCGGUUCUGUCAGGCGGAGUCUCCCUCCGGGCGGCGCAAGGCCCUGGCCACCAGCAGCAUCAACAUGAAGCAGUACGCCAGCCCCAUGCCCACGCAGACCGACGUCAAGCUCAAGUUCAAGCCGCUGUCCAAGAAAGUGGUCGCCGCCACCCUGCAGCUCUCCCUGUCCUGCAUCUUCCUGCGGGAGGGCAAGGCCACGGAUGAAGACAUGCAGAGUCUGGCCAGCCUCAUGAGCAUGAAGCAGGCGGACAUCGGCAACCUGGACGACUUCGAGGAGGAGAACGAGGAAGACGAGGAGAACCGGGUCAAUCAGGAGGAGAAGGCCGCGAAGAUCACGGAAAUGGUCGAGCGGUUGAGUGCCCUCAGCAGCUUAGACGGGGACCUCCACCGCUGCCUAAAGCAAGCAAAUAAGCCAUCUGACACAUCUACCAGUUCCUCUGAAGAGCUCAUCAGCAAGCUGAACUUCCUGGAGGAAGAGGAGGAGCCGGAAGCGCCCAACGCCAACGCCGGCGUCCGGAACCCCUUCGAGGACCCGGACGACGCCGGCGAGCUCAACCCGUUCGGGGACCCCGACGAGGAAGAGCCCGUUUGUAGGCCCGCCACCCAGCCCCCUCAGAAAGAAGAGGAGCUCUUCUACGACCAGGACCCCACCAACCCCUUCAACGACGGCCCCCCGGAGCCCCUGCAGGGGGGGGGGAACCCCUUCGAAGAGCCCGACCUGGAGCCGGAGCCCGACCCGGACCCCCACCCCUGCCCCGAGAGAGCAGAGCCCCACCCGUCCCCCCCGAAACCGGAACCGGCCAAGAGGAAGAACGUGCGGCCCGUGGACAUGAGCAAGUACCUGUACGCCCCCAGCACCCGGGCCGAGGAGGAGCUGGACGAGUCCAAUCCCUUCUACGAGCCCAAGGCCCCCGGCCAGGCCCCGCCCCCCCAGGCGGCGCUGUCGCCGUCGCCGGAGAACAGCCUGGAGAGCCGGACGAAGAGGAGGGCCCCCGCCCCCCCCGCGGCCGCCCCCUCGCCCCCCGCACCAAAGACGGCCCCCGAGCGGGCGGCCAGCGGCCCUGCCGCCGUCGCCGCCGUCGUGGGGAAGGAGCUGGCCUCCUCCUCUCCAAAGGCGAGCCCCAUCCCCAGCCCUCUGAUGGGGAAGAGGCCCAACGCCACGCAGUCCCUGCUGGUCUGGUGCCGGGAGGUGACCAAGAGCUACCGGGGCGUGAAGAUCACCAACUUCACCACGUCCUGGAGGAACGGCCUGGCCUUCUGCGCCCUGCUGCACCGCUUCAGACCCGACCUGCUUGAUUACAAGACCCUCAAUCCUCAGGAUAUCAAAGAAAACAACAAGAAGGCGUACGACGGCUUCGCCAGCCUGGGCAUCUCGCGGCUGCUGGAGCCGGCGGACAUGGUGCUGCUGGCCAUCCCGGACAAGCUGACGGUGAUGACGUACCUGUACCAGGUGCGCGCCCACUUCAGCGGGGAGGAGCUGAGCGUGGUGCAGAUCGAGGCCAACAGCGGCCGCAGCACCUACAAGGUGGGCGACUUCGAGACCGACACCAACGGCUCCGUGGCCCAGGACAAGUUCUACGCCGAGGUCAACGACGUGCACCGGGAGGCGGAGCCGGAGGCGGGGGAGGGGGCGGAGCCUGCCGCCGCCGCGGUGGCCAACGGGGCGAGCCGGCCGGGAGAGGCCGGGCCGCACGAACAGGAGGAGGAGGAGGAGGCGGAGCCGUGCGGUAGACCUCCCGCCGUUUCGGUCGCCGCCUCUGCCGUAGCGGAGCCCCCGAUUGGCCGGGUUCCGGCCCAACCCCCCCUCUCCUCUGGCGUCGGCCAGGGGUCGCCGUCGCCCCUGCCGCCGUCGAACAGUUUGACCUCUGACCCAGCGCCGCGGCCGACGCCGAGGUCCCCGGUCGGUGGGGGCGGGGCCGGCGGUGCCGAUUCGGCGCAGUCGCGGCCGGCGCCCGUCAAGCGGACGCUGCUCAAGGUGAACGCUCAGGACUUCGCCGACGGGUUGCCGAGGGCGGCACCGGGGAGAGGGGAACAGGAGGGCGGGGUCCCCCAAUCUACCGGCCGCAGCGAGAGGGCGGGCCCAGGGGCGGGACAGCUGGAGGGAAAGGGCGUGGUCGUGGGGGCGGACCCUGGAUCUCCCUCGCACAAAGGGGGGUCCUUACCGCCCCACAAGCUGGGCUUCUCUUACAAUCGGGACGCCGACCUCAUCAAGAAGAAGAGGGCCAGCCUGCGGAACUUCGAGUCUGACUCCGCCCCCGACGCCGCUGUCCGUCACAACCACGUGGAUGUGGCCACGCCCCCCAAGCACGUGCAGCAACCGUCGGCUGUGCAGAGAUCGAACGCUCCAGAGGAGAAGAAGGUGCAGUCUCGGCAGGAGGAGCUGAAGGAAAGGGCCAGGCUUCUCCUGGAGCAGGCCCGACGGGACGCCGCGCUGAAGGCGGGAAACAAGCACGCCGCCAACGCCCCCGCCUCCGCCGCCACCUCCCCGCCCCGCCCCGCGCACGUCAUCGACAGCGAGGGCUUCAGGGCUCGGGAGGUGGGGUUUGGGGGGCGGCCCGCUGGUUUCCGUGGCGCGAGGGCUAAAUGA